GCCAUCUUGAAAGCGUAAUUGUUGUCAUGUUUACGUUGUGUGGACGGUGAAAUUCGUGGUUUUUAUGAUUUCAAAUUAGAACAAUUUUGAUGUAAUUGGCCGGUUAUAACAUACAAACAAAAUGUUUUAUGCACAUUUUGUGCUGGCCAAAAAGGGCCCGUUGGCCAAAAUUUGGUUGGCGGCCCACUGGGACAAAAAGCUUACCAAGGCUCAUGUAUUUGAAACGAAUAUUGAGAAGUCUGUUGAUGGAAUUUUGAAGCCUAAAGUGAAGAUGGCCCUCCGUACAUCUGGCCAUCUGUUGCUUGGUGUUGUAAGGAUAUAUUCAAGGAAAGCAAAGUAUUUGCUACAGGAUUGUAAUGAAGCUUUUGUUAAAAUUAAGAUGGCCUUUAGGCCGGGUAUGGUGGAUUUGCCUGAAGAACAUAGGGAAGCAGCAAUGAAUGCUAUCACUUUGCCUGAAGUAUUUCAUGAUUUUGACACUGCCAUGCCUGAAUUAAAUGAAGUGGACAUUGAAGCGCAAUUUUCUCUCAAUCAAUCAAGAGCCGAGGAAAUCACAAUGAGAGAGGAUUAUGGGUCCCUCAAUUUGGUCACUCAUGAUGAUGGUUUUGGAGACAUGGGCUUUGAUACCGAAAAUCCUGAUAUAAUGAGAGAUGCCAUUGGCAAUGAGGGUGGUUUGGAACAAAGUAACUUGUUAUUUGCGGAAGGAUCAUCACUGGAACUAACAAAGGAUGGUCCAACUACCAGUGCAGGGGUAGGUGCAGCUCCCACAUUGGCUGAGGCUCAUGCUCCUCAAAUGGAAGCAGCGCCUAACGCACAUAUGGAUGACGGUUUUGGAGGAUCUAUACCAGAUGUGGGUGAUUUUGGACAUGCGGGAGGAUUAUUCGAAGGCGAUCUCUUUGGAGAUGUUACUGCUAGUAGUUCAGGCGCGGGCGCAACUCCAGGAAUGGCUGGAACAUCUGCACAGCCACAGUCAUUACAAGCUGAGAUAGAUGCAGCAGGUGUAGCUGGAGCUGAGGGAGGUGAAGCAGCUGCGGAUGCCCCAGACUCUGAUGAUGAUAUGGGAGACCACUAUGAUGCUGGAAACUCACCACAACACAGUUGGGCGGGCUCCCCCGCGCCGGAGAGCGCGGCGCCGCAGGAGGAGACAAUGCCGCCGCCGCCCGCGCCCGCGCCGCACACUCCCAUGGAGGUAGAUGAGCCCCCACAAGAGGAACCGAGGCUCGAAGCUCCAGCGACGCCGGCACCUGCUUUAGACUCCACCACCUUGUUACAAAACGACGAGGAAUCUUUCGCCCUAGCGCCUGUGGACGCUACUGUACUUAAAGGUAUAACAAAGACGAAACGGAAGCGAAAGCUGAUCGUGGACGAGGUGAAGAACUUGACGGGCGAAGAGAUGAAGAACCAGCUCAGCAACACGUCGGAUAUAGUGAUCACGCUGGACCUGGCGCCACCAACUAGACGGCUCAUGCACUGGAAGGAGUCAGGCGGUGUUGAGAAACUGUUCACCUUGUCUGCUCGGCCCAUACCUUCGAGAGUUCUGUUUAAGAAGUACCAGCGUAACAUGACUCUCCGUACUGAGGCUGAAGAAGAGGCGAAGUCUCCGGAGCCCGAGCAGCCCGUCAGCAAACCGAGAGGCAGGAAACGGCGUCAUGAGGAGCCCAUCCAAGCACCAGAAACACCGGCGCCAUCGCUGCCGGUGCCCGACAUCCAACCACCCACACCUGUGCCGCAGGAGUAUGAACCGUCUGUCGACGCGGAGGCGCACGGCUCGCCAGCGUACCGCUCGCCGCGCUCCGACGCCGACGAGCCGCCGAGCACGCCAGGUAUGUUGAGCAGUCUAGGCGCGCCGCUAACGCCCGGUGUGCUAGGGCCUUUAACACCCGGCACGCUACUACAGGGCGGUAUCACACCGGGCGGUUUGGCCCAUGGAGCUUUGACGCCAGGUGGUCUAACGCACGGAGGCAUGACCCCAGCAGGCUUGCAGCAUGGAGAUGGUCAGGACCUUGGGCUCGCAGGCAGUAUGACACCUGCUGGCUUACAUCAUGGUGGUAUGACACCGGGCGGUAUGACUCCCGGCCUCGGUUUGGACAGCGGUAUGACGCCCGCGGGCCUGGUGCACGGCGGGCUCACGCCAGCGGGACUACAUCACGGUGGAAUGACGCCAGGUGGUCUCGACCAUGGCGGCAUGACACCAGCGGGUCUCCAACACGGCGGCAUGACGCCGGCCGGCUUGGCGCACGGCGGCAUGACGCCGGGCGGUCUGGGGCACGGCGGCAUGACGCCCGCCGGCCUCGGGCAUGGCGGCAUGACGCCCGCGGGCCUGGGCCACGGCGGCAUGACACCGGCUGGCCUGGGCCACGGAGGCAUGACCCCGGCGGGCUUGCAGCACGGCGGCAUGACGCCGGCCGGUUUGCGACACGGUGGAAUGACUCCUUCAGGCGUCCAACACAGUGGACUGUUGCACCACAAUGUAGAGCUUCCGAUGAUGCCUCAAGGCGGAUCUGACAACCCAUUAUUAUCUCACACGGGCCCCAUGGACCAUAUGCACUCGCCGUUACAUCGAUCGGAUUACCAGAGUGGCCUCCCCAUGACCAACUUAGGGUAUGAUGACCAACAGGGACACCAGAGUCCACAGCAUGACUAUGACCUACCUUUGAGUGUGGAGAAUCCGGAGGAGGGCCGCGGCGGCGAGUGGCGCGAGGCGGGCGAGACGGAGGAGCAGUUCGAGGAGCGCGUGCUGAACCGGCGCGCGGCGCAGCUGUUCGCGCUCAUGCGCCCGCGCCUGCACGCGCACGACGCGCUCAUGUUCGCCGACCUCGCGCCGCCGCACAACAACCGUAAACAGGUGGCACAAAAAUUCUACAGUUUACUUGUACUGAAGAAACAUCAAGUUUUAAAACUGGAACAAAACGAUACUUAUGGAGCAAUAACCAUCACGAAGGGCGCCCAGUUUGAAACGGAGGCGAUUUAAGUUAAGGUCUAACUUUAAUUAGAGAUGUUAAGUAUAUAAAAGAGGGUAAAUUUAUAGUACGAGAGUUGUGUGAGGAGAGCGUGGGAGCCAAAAAUAUACUCGAAUUCAUGGAAACUUCAAAUUGGACCAAAUUAUAUUAUUCUGAAUUGUUGAUCUCAAGAUUGCAACAAAAAAGUAAAGUCUACUUAACCUAUAAGUUUGUUGGAUUUUUAUUAUUUAUUCGAGAGAAGUUUCGUCAUAUUACAUAUCGUCAAUUCGAAAUAAGGGACUAUAUUUUAAUAUAUGAAAGUAUUUAAGUGUGGUAAAUAAAAAAUAAAUUGUAGUUGAAUGAUUAAGUGGACUUUGCUUUGGAUAAUUAGUUUCUGUGAGCUCGAAUUUGACAACAGUAUGGUCUGAAUUGUAAUUUGUCGGUAGACAUGUAGUAAAUUGCCUUAAUUUGUUUUGCUGUAGGUUAAGUGAGAAUUAUUGUAAAGAUGUUUACAUUGUUUUAUAGCUUCAAUAGUGACAAUAGUUUAAUAUUCCUUCUUACUCAUAUUUAAGAUGUAUAGGACAAAAUUAUGUUUUCAGAUUGCGGGUUCUGUAAAAUAUUCUGUUUAAAAAAUUACAUUAAAUUAUUAUUACCGAUUACAGAGUUUAUUACUAUUACAGAAUUUUUAUAGUUGAAAUGAAAAAGAAUAAAUUCAAAUGUUCAGCCCGCUCAAUAUUAUACAGAAUCUGUGAGAUAAAGACAAUUUGCAGUUGACAUUUUAUUGUUGUUAGAAUUAUGUUAUGUUAGAACAGUUUGUGCUUUUCAAAUCAUGAGUGUAUUAUUAAAGUGGGACAACUAUUAUGAGCAGGGACGCAUGUAAUUUUGUUGUAUCUUUAUUACAUAUCUUCAAUUUCUCAAAUCCGUCGCUUUCAUGCUGUGCAUGAGAAUUGUGUGGAAAGUAAUUGAGUCUUAAAAUAUACUAGAAUAUUCUUUUUAGAGGACAUGCAAUAUAUAAAAAACAUAUCUGUACUAAGAAAAUAAGUGUUCUUUAGCCUAAAGCUUGCUAGCCUUAAAUUUUUGUAAGUAAAUUAAUGUGACCCUGUUCUUAAGAAAUCUACUUUAAUAAUUGUUCCCCUAUAAUUUGUAAUGGUAUAUUUUUAAGUAGUUGAAACAUGAAAAAUUAUGUACAAGUGUAUGUUAAGUGAUACCUAAAUAACUAAACACCAAAUAAAUGAAAAGGACAUUGUCUAUUAUAAAAGAAAUACAAUAUAUUUACAUGUUUAUACAAGUUAGUUGAAUGUGUGGCGUGUGAAUGGGGUUUUCAACGUUUCUGUAUAAAAUUUGUUGAAUAACGCCAAAUUGAAUACUUUCGCAAGUAAUAGUUUAUGUUUGUGUUCAUUUUGAUCAAAGCAGCGACCAGACAUCGUGUAUAAAUUCUAAUUUGGUGCAUUCAGAAUGCCUGAACCUAUUCUAGUAUUAAGAACCCUGUAGUUAAAAAAUCUAAGUGCGUAUUUCCUUGCUAUGUACCUAAGAAUGAUCGUCUUACUUGUGCCUCCUUGUGUUGUUUUAUUCGUUGGAAGAAUAUGGAAGUACGCACUUGGGUACUUAUCGUAAACUUAUUUGCAAUAAAACUUGUUGAUUAAAA